AUGUUCAGAAGCACAUCUCCACUCUUGACGUUUUCCAGGCUGAUUUCUAUGAAGGGUGAUGUUCACCUUUCGAACAGAAGAGUCAUGAGGAAAAUUAAAGUAGGUAAGGCUAGACCUGCGAUUUUCCACCAGUUCGAUACCUUGAUAGAACUUAGCGAUGGCUCAGUGAUCAAGAGAACAUCACAAGCCCCUAAGGAUGAAAUCAGAAUGAUUAAUGAUCAAAGAAGUAGCUCCUUAUGGAAUCCAAACAGAUCAGACUUGGUUUCCAUGGAUGCUGCUGCCGCAGACAGAGUCAACAAGUUCAAGCAGAGAUUUGCAUCUUUCGAUAAGUUCGAAACUGCUCAAGACAAGAGAAUAAAAAGUGUACAAGCUGAGGAAGCUGGAGAAUCCAAAGCAUCUGAGAGUGAUGACUACAUGGAUUUGAUGGGAUCAAACGUCCAAGAAGUGCAGAAGGGUGGUAAAUUGUUCAACAAGAAGCUUGAUAAGCAAAAGAGAAAGAAGUAG